AUGACCCGAGGCAAAAUGAGAGAGAAGAACCAAGAAGAGGACGGUGUUUCUAUUGACACCACUAUUAUUAUUACAUGCUCUCCCGACUCCCUCGUUCCCGACACCCUCGUUCCCGAUUCCCUCGCUUUUAACUUCCUCGUUCCCGACUCCCUCGUUCCCGACAACCUCGUUUUCGACUCUCCCGUUCCCGACUCCCUCGUUUUCGAUUCCCUCGUUCUCGACUUCCUAGUUCCCAACUUCCUCGUACCCGACUCCCUCUUUCUUGACUUACUUCUCCUCGACUCCCUCAUUCUCGGCUUCCUCGUUUUCGACUCCCUUGUUCCCGACUCCGCCUUCCCAUUCCCUCGUUUCCGACUCCCUCGUUUCCGACUCCCUCGUUUCCGACUCCCUCGUUUCCGACUCCCCCGUUCCCGACUCUCUCGUUCUCGACUCCCCCCGUUCCCGACUCCCUCGUUUUCGAAUCCGUCGUUUCUGACUCCCUUGUUCCCGACUCCCUAUUUCUCGACUCCCUCGUUUUCGAUUCCCUCCUUCUCGACUUCCUCGUUCCCAACUCCCUCGUACCCGACUCCCUCUUUCUUGACUUACUUCUCCCCGACUCCCUCAUUCUCGGCUUCCUCGUUUUCGACUCCCUCGUUCCCGACUCCUCCGUUCCCGAUUCCCUCGCUUUCAACUUCCUCGUUCCCGACAACCUCGUUUUCGACUCCCCCGUUCCCGACUCCCUCGUUUUCGAUUCCCUCGUUCUCGACUUCCUCGUUCCCAACUCCCUCUUACCCGACUCCCUCUUUCUUGACUUACUUCUCCUCAACUCCCUCAUUCUCGGCUUCCUCGUUUUCGACUCCCUUGUUCCCGACUCCGCCGUUCCCGAUUCCCUCGUUUCCGACUCCCUCGUUUCCGACUCCCCCGUUCCCGACUCCCUCGUUCUCGACUCUCCCGUUCCCGACUCGCUCGUUUUCGAAUCCGUCGUUUCUGACUCCCUUGUUCCCGACUCCCUAUUUCUCGACUCCCUUGUUUUUGACUCCCUCGUUCCCGACUCUCUCGUUUUCGUCUCCCUUGUUCCCGACUCCCUCAUUCUCCACUCCCUCGUUCCCGACUCCCUCGUUUUUGACUCCUGUAUUCUCGAAUCCCUCGUUCCCGACGCCCUUAGCGAUGUUUAUUGUUCUUAAAAACGUAACUCAUAUCUAUCUAUCUAUCUAUCUAUCUAUCUAUCUAUCUAUCUAUCUAUCUAUCUCUGCGUGUUCACUUUCUAUCUAUCCGUCUUUGUCCAUAUCUAUCUAUCUAUCUUUACCUGUUCAGUAUCUAUCCAUCUUAAUUUCUCCAUAUCUAUCUAUCUAUCUAUCUAUCUAUCUAUCUAUCUUCAUUGUCUCUCUCUCUACCUGUUCACUAUCUAUCCAUCUUAAUAUCUCGAUAUCUAUCUAUCUUCAUUGUCUCUCUCUCUCUGCUUGUUCACUAUCUAUCCAUCUUAAUAUCUCGAUAUCUAUAUAUCUAUCUUCAAUAUCUCUCUCUCUCUGCGUGUUCACUAUCUAUCUAUCCAUCUUAGUCUGUCUAUAUCUAUCUAUCUAUCUAUCUAUCUAUCUAUCUAUCUAUCUCGUUUAUUCAUAA